UCUUGGCUUACUCAAGGAGUUGGCUUCGCGACUCGAUGAUGGGAGAGGGAUGGCAAGAGCUAUUGCAGAUGCUAAGGACGAUAAGGGACGUGGGGCGCUUCAUUUUUCCGCGAUAGAGGGCAAUAUGGAACUGUGCAAGUACUUGUUGGAGGAGUUGAAGCUUGAUGUGAACCCCAAAGAUGUUGUGGGCGAUACUCCUCUUCAUUAUGCUGCUGGAUCGGCACAUAUUGAAACAGCAAAGUAUCUAAUAGAUCGAGGUGCCGAUCCUGUUAUACCUAAUGGUAGUGGUUUGACGGUACUGCAUCACUCUGCUGGGUCAGGGAACAUCGAAUUGAUGAACUUCAUACUUUCUAAAGGGAUCAACAUUGAUUGCCAAAGCUCUUUAGGCAGCCCUUUAUUUUUUUCUGCUGGCUGUGCUAAGAAGGAUGCUGUGAAAUUUCUCUUAGAACAUCAUACAAACCCAAAUGCGGAAACUGUUGAUGGUUUCACUGCUCUCUAUGCAUCUGUCACUAGCAGUUCGCUUGAAUGCUUAAAGCUUUUAAUUCAGUGGCGCAUAAUGAAAUCAGCAUCCCUGUCUUGCUGA